AUGCCUUCAGAGGAGACAAAGGAACGUAUCACAAAAGUCGUCGAGUUCGGACGCACGGUUUUGCAUUAUGGUUGGAUACCUUUGAUAAUAUACGUUGGCUACACCCGAAGCACCCCUCAGCCUACUUUGAUCAAGCUGAUCAGCCCUCUCGCAUGA